AUGCGAACUCGAUCGAGUCGGUCUACUGAGGACUUGGUCGAGCUAGACAUUACAACGGGUAGAAAGAGGGUUCAGAGGUCACAGAGGGUACAAGAGGAACCUGAGGUGCUUGUUGCUGAUACAAUGGAUGUACCAGAGGGGAAUGGAAACCCUUUGGGACAUGGACUCGGUCGAGCUAGGCAAACUCGACCGAUUGGUCAAGGAGAUGCUCCAAACCGCCACCAACAGAGACAAGGGAUUGUUCCACCACCAGUGCAGAACCACAACUUUGAGAUCAAGCUGGGAAUGAUCAACCUUGUCCAGAACAAGAUGUUCCAUGGAUUGCCAAGUGAAGACCCCAUUGACCACCUUGAUGAGUUUGAUAGGCUUUGUGAUUUGACAAAGAUCAAUGGUGUCUCUGAAGAUGCCAUCAAGCUGAGACUCUUUCCUAUGUCUCUAGCUGACAAAGCUCACCAAUGGGAGAAGAGCUUGCCCCAUGGCACAAUCACCACUUGGGAUGAAUGCAAGAAGGCCUUUCUUGCUAAAUUUUUCUCCACCGGUCGCACAGCCAAGCUUAGAGGAGAGAUAUCCAGCUUCAUCCAGCGAACAAUGAGACAUUCGCAGAGGCUUGGGAGAGGUUCAAAGGGUACACAAGAUGUAGAUGAUGGCUGGCAACUUGUGGAGAACAUAGCUAACUCAAAUGGAAGCUAUGGAGAAGAGUAUGAUCGCACCAACCGGAGCUCGACCCACCACUCGAUCGAGUCAGACGAAAAGUUGAGAAAAGAUGUUAAGGCAUUGAAUGAGAAGUUGGAUAAGCUGAUCCUAGCUCAGUCCACAAUGAAGAAAGUCAACUUUGUGUCUGCUGAGGAGAUGGAACCAGUCCAAGAAGGGGAGGAUACACAAUUUGCUGAGGUAUGCUACAUGAGCAAUGGGCAAGGAGGUUACAACAAAGGAUACUAUAACUACAAGUCCAACCCUGCCAUGUCAUACCGCAACACUGAUGUUGCUAACCCUCAGGACCAAGUCUAUCCUCAACAACAAGCAGCUCGAUCGAGUCAAGGCCACAACAUGGGUAUGGUCAAAAGAACAAUUACCAAGGACCACAAGGCACUUUCCCUGGACAACAAAUGA